UCAAUUUAAAAAACAUUGCUAAAAAAAUCAAAAUCAGACCGGGUCUAUUGAACCAGCCACUCAACGCAUAGACCGGUCUAAGAACAAAACAGAAGAAAAUCCGGGUAAAUAACGGUCUAAGAACGAAAGACAUCACAGCACGUUCGUGCGGCAAACUAACAUUAAAACAAAUAAUUAAUUAAUGGAUUAUAUUUAAACAAGAAAUUCAAUCAAAUCCAAUGACUUGAAAUGGCCUUUCAAAAUUAAUACCAUAUAUAUCAGUAAUUAUUAUUAUUUGAUUUGUUUAUGCAAUGAGGCCCAUAUAAUAAUCCAGUUAGAAUGUGUUCAACACAUAUAUAAUAGCAGCCGGCUAACGCGAAUUGAAUUAUAUAGCAUUAAAGAAACUCAAUUUACAUUAUUAUAAUUUAAUAAUUUAGUGCAUAAUUUUAGAGAGAAGAAAUUGGUAGUUGUUUAGCAGAUUUGGGAAAUGCUGGAAACGCGGUAAUGUAUUUCAUGGCUUAGACAAAUUUCCAGCCUCUGUUCUUGCACUUUCCGACAUUGAUUCGAGGUUGGUGAUUGGAUUUCAGAGGUAGAUUAAUUGUUUGUCAAGCUUUCUUUCCCUUCUGGGCAUUGAAGUCCAGGCUUCAUUUUUAUUGAUUUUUGGAGGGAAAGAAAGCCAAGAGAUAUUGAAAGGUUAGUUUUAGCUAGUUUUUAUAAUAUAAAAUACGAAAAAUAUUAGAAAAAGAAUGAGCUUCAUCUCCGGUGUGAUCUCGAGGCAAGUCAUGCCUGCAUGUGGUAGCUUGUGUUUCUUUUGCCCUUCAUUGCGUACAAGGUCUCGGCAACCUGUCAAGAGGUACAAGGUGCUGAUUGCCGAUAUAUUUCCUCGCAAAAAGGAGGAUGGUCCAAAUGAUCGCAAGAUAGGAAAACUAUGUGAAUAUGCUUCAAAAAAUCCUUUACGCAUCCCAAAGAUCACUGAGUCCCUUGAGCAAAGGUGCUACAAGGAGUUGAGAAAUGAGAAUUUUCAAUCAGUGAAAAUUGUUAUUUGCAUUUACAAGAGAUUAUUGGUUUCUUGUCACGACCAAAUGACACUAUUUUCCAGUAGUUUGCAAAGCAUUAUACAGACCCUGCUAGAUCAAACACGGCAGGAUGAAAUGCAAAUUCUAGGAUGUCAGACUCUUUUCGACUUUGUAAAUAAUCAGAAGGAUAGUAAUUGCAUGUUCAACUUAGAAGGCUUUAUUCCAAAAGUUUGUCAGUUAGCUCAAGAAACUGGAGAAGGUGAAAGGGAGAAAAAUUUACGAGCGGCUGGGUUGCAAGCGAUUUCUUCAAUGAUUUGGUUUAUGGGUGAACACUCUCACAUUUCGGUGGAAUUUGAUAAUAUGGUUUCAGUUGUCUUGGAAAAUUAUGGAGGCCCAAUGAAAAAUUUAGAGGAAAAUAAUAGUGGUCAAAGUCGAUGGGUGCAAGAAGUGCAAAAAAUUGAGAGUCGCAUGUCUCCAUCGCCAAAUGUUCUCGCAAAAGUUCCUUCAUGGCGGACAAUUGUAAACGACAAGGGAGAACUAAAUGUGGCAACGGAAGAUGCCCGGAAUCCCUCCUUUUGGUCAAGGGUUUGCUUACAUAACAUGGCAAAACUAGCAAAGGAAGCUACAACAGCACGACGGAUUUUCGAGUCUAUAUUCCGUUACUUUGAUAAUGAAAAAUUAUGGUCUGUUCACAAUGGUCUUGCCUUGCCAGUCUUAAGGGAAAUGCAGCUUUUAAUAGAUAGUUCUGGACAGAAUGCACAUUACCUUCUGUCCAUACUAGUUAAGCAUCUUGACCACAAAAAUGUCCUCAAACAACCUGACAUGCAACUUCAAAUUGUAGAGGUUACAACAUAUCUUGCUCGAGAUUCAAAAGUUGAGCCUUCUGUAGCAAUACUUGGUGCAGUUAGUGAUGUUAUGAGGCAAUUACGAAAGAGCAUACAUUGCUCACUCAAUGAUUCAAACAUGGGAACUGAAGUUAUAAACUGGAACAAGUACUUCAAAGAAGCAGUGGAUAAAUGUCUUGUGCAGUUAUCACAUAAUGUUGGUGAUGCCGCUCCAAUUCUUGAUGUUAUGGCUAUGAUGUUGGAAAAUAUCACAAAUAUUACAGCUAUAGCAAGAACUACAAUCUGUGUUGUCUAUCGUACUGCUCAAAUUGUAGCCUCAAUUCCAAAUCCAUCCUAUCUAAACAAGGCAUUUCCUGAGGCUCUGUUCCAUCAAUUACUCCCAGCUAUGGUACACCCUGACCAUGAAGUACGUGUUGGAGCUCACCGUAUCUUUUCUGUUGUUCUUGUGCCAUCUUCAGUUUGCCCUCAUCCAUCCUCUACUAGGGAAGUAAAACUGAAAGCUUCCAGUAUUCCAAGAACACUUUCAAGAACUGUCUCUGUUUUUUCUUCUUCAGCUGCCCUUUUCGAGAAGUUAAGAAAAGAGAAAUCCUUCUCGAGGGAGAAUGCUUCUCUAGAGAACAAAGAAAAUAUUGCUAGUGAGGAGCAACUAGAAAUCAGUCAAAAUGAGAUUCUGAUUAGAUUAAAGUCAUCUUACAGUAAAGCAUACAGUUCAAGAAGUCCUCCGGUAUCUUCUGAAGCAGACGAAAAUCCUCUAAGCAAUUCAAAUACGGAAUAUGAGGCCAAUUCCCUACGGCUUAGUAGCACCCAGAUCAGUCUCUUGCUUUCAUCAAUUUGGGCCCAGUCUGUCUCCCCUCAAAAUACACCACAAAACUAUGAAGCAAUCGCUCAUACCUACAGCCUUGUGUUGCUUUUCUCUCGAGCCAAGAAUUCUAGUAACGAGGCACUUGUUCGUAGUUUCCAGCUAGCUUUUUCGCUACAAAGCAUAGCUUUCAAUGAAGGAGGGCCACUUCCACCAUCACGUCGUAGAUCUCUUUUCACAUUGGCAACUUCGAUGAUUCUCUUCUCAUCAAAAGCAUUUAAUAUUCUCCCUAUUGCUGACUGUGCCAAGGCAGCCCUAACAGAAAUAACGGUUGAUCCGUUUUUGCGCUUAGUGGACGAUCGCAAGUUACAGGCAGUUAACACUGGACUCAACCAGCCAGCAAAUGUUUAUGGAUCGAAAGAAGAUGAUACUUUGGCUUUAAAGACUCUCUCGCAAAUUCAGUUACCCUCAGAGCAACAUAGGGAAACCCUUGCUUCCGAGAUUGUGAAAAGCUUGGGACACUUGUCGGAGCCUGAAUUGUCCAGUAUACGGGCACGACUGUUGAGAGAAUUCUUGCCUGAUGAUGUGUGUCCACUAGGUUCACAGUUUCCUACCGAUGCUCCACAUAAAGUAUAUCAAGCCAGUGCUGAAGAGAAUGAAUUUAUUAUCAAGGAGGGAGCUCCGAUUUUGUCAAUAGAUGAUGAUGAUGAUGAUGCUUUUGUAGAACCAUUCGAAGGUCAAAUCAUGGACAAUUCAGAGUUUUCCGGAGAAAUGCCAAAUCUCAUGGAUGUCAAUCAACUACUAGAAUCAGUCUUGGAGACAGCGUAUCAGUUUGGAAGAAGUUCCGUCUGCACCGGACCCAACAUGUCUUACAAGGAAAUCACCCGUCAUUGCGAGACACUCGUAACAGGGAAGCAGCAGAAGAUGUCUCAUUUGUUGAGUGCCCAACUAAGACAAGAUAACAUGACAAAUCAGUUAGGCCCAAUCGUUGAGCAAACUGGCAAUACCAAUCUAUUCAAACAACCGAUGGGAACUCUUCCAAUGCCAUGUGCUACUGAGUACCAUAAUCAUCCCCCGUUCUUCAGUUUACCAGCCUCAACUCCAUAUGAUAACUUUCUAAAAGCUGCUAGUUGUUGGUCCUAUAAAAGUAUACAGUUAAAUUCUUGAGCAAAAGUUUCCAGUUACUGUUCCUUGAGGAUGACAAAAUUUCGGACUAUUUUUGGUUCUUGGGAUGUUUAGUAAUUGUGAUUUAGAUUGAUUGAGUUUGUUACCAUUUAGCAUUUAAUUCAUUCAUUUUUUUUCCCAUUUUUCUUUUAUUCUAUGUGUAGUUUGCAAGAGAUCGCAAGAAUUUCCCUACUCUUCAUCUUGCAAGUAAUUUACUUUAGUUCUUAUUCUUUAGCAUUGUGAUGGACUUGAAUGUAAAAAUAUAGACAAAAUUUUGGAAUAUGAGAAACCAUAUUGUUACUUUAUAGAAGAAA